GUGUGGUACGUACAGUUAACAUGUGGAUCAUUUAAUAUUGAGUUGGUAUGAAGUGAAAGGAGUUUUGGACAUGGCUUUUUGGGAGCACUUUGAAGCAGGUGAAACUUUUAUUGCAGCAAACCCAGGUAGCAAUUAUUCAAACCAUGACUUUCCCGACCAAUCCACCGACAAUUCAUAUAAAUGUUCACCACUACUCCUUCAUUUCUAAUUACCCUCUUUAUUCACGCACCAAAAAAAAAAAAAAAAAAAAAAUCUCUCUAAACCCUCACCUUGUUUCUCUUUCUCUCUCUCUCUCUCUCAUAUCUGAUAAUGGUACAAUCAAAGAAGUUCAGAGGAGUCAGGCAACGCCAGUGGGGCUCCUGGGUGUCAGAAAUCCGCCACCCUUUACUGAAGAGGAGGGUAUGGCUCGGGACAUUUGAGACGGCAGAGGCGGCAGCUAGGGCAUAUGAUCAAGCAGCUAUAUUGAUGAACGGUCAAAAUGCCAAGACCAACUUUCCGGCCACCUCCGUAAAGAAUAAUGCCAAUCCCGUCGACGACGGUGAUCAAUCCCCGUUGUGUCCGAAAGCACUUUCGGAGCUGCUAAGUAUGAAGCUGAGAAGGUGCUGGAAAGACCCUUCUCCUUCUCUUACUUGUCUUAGAUUGGAUAAUGAUAAUUCUCAUAUUGGGGUUUGGCAAAAACGACCUGCCGGUUCACGAACCGGCUCCGAUUGGGUGAUGAGAAUUGAGUUUGGGAAGAAGAAGAAGACUGCUACGACAACCUCUAAAGGUGAUGAGGAGGAGGAGGAGGAGGAGGAUGAGGAGUUAUAUGGGUCAACGGCGUCGUUGAUUUCGUCAUCAGGCCGGUCUUCGCCGCCGAUCAGGGUCGUCGGUGACAGUGAAAGCGAAAACGGAAUAAUGGAGGUUGUCGAAGAAGACAAAAUUGCAAUGCAAAUGAUAGAAGAGCUAUUGAACUGGAACUGUCCAACUUCUGUACCUCCAAGUAAUAUCCAAGAAGAAGGGAAAUAAACUAAUUGAACCUCUUCUCUUUUAUCUGCAACUCCUUGAAACAGCAUGUUAAUAUACAUGCAAUGUGUGUGUGUGUAUAUAUAUAUAUAUAUAUAUGUAUACCUAGCUUCUUUUCUCUUUUACUGUUUUUGACUCUUUCAAAAUUUGUACUUAGAAAGGAAAUUAUGGAAAGGGCUUUUCAAGUUCUUGUA